UUUUCCUCUUUUACAAAUUACCACAACACAUAAUCCGUGAUCUGAGCUGGCAGUGAAUAAAUUAAGCUAAUAAUACAUUUUGGGUAGAUUAUUAUAAAAUGUUUGAGAAGUACAAUACUGCAAUUUAAAAAUAAUAAUAACAAUAAAUAAGGCAAAUUUCGUCAAUAAGUGCAGACGAGUUAUAAAAUACAGACGAGACGGCAUAUAAGUAGUAAUUCCAUGCUGCCAAGUUAGCACGGCGUGACUCAAAGCAGGUAGAACUCGCACCGUGUGAUUCUUUGGAACGCGUAAAUAGAUUUGUUUAUGCAGCAGCACUCGUGUGUACAUCCGACUGUGGCGGCCUCAAAGACGAAAUAUGGUCGCCGACAUGUGAAACGGUUGGAAGAAAUGUCGACCAUAACCAAUAGCUCUAUGCAGUUUGCAAUUGCCCCUCUAAUCGUUUGAGCCUGGACGGAUGAGGAGACUCUUUGACGUGGUCACCCGAAUUCAUAGUCAAGUCCCCAGUCUUCCCCACUUGAGUGUUUCUUCAUCUCAGAGACUAAAUGCAACUGGACCAGGGGGCUUGUGGGCAUGAAGUGGCUGGGCGAAUCCAAGAACAUGGUAUUAAAUGGCAGGCGACAUGGAAACAAGCUAACCAGCGAGCAAACUUUGAGUCAGUCUCGGUCCCAGCAUUCACAGCGGGCCUCUCUGCGUCACAGCAAAACGCACUCCAGAAACCGGCGAUGUAGCCGUAGGUUUCAUGCAACCAGCCUGGAGGCUGAGAGGCGAUAUGUGCCCUCCUCAGGAAUGACUGCUAAGGAGCUCUGUGAGAACGAUGACCUAACCACCAGUCUAAUAUUAGAUCCUUACCUGGGCUUUCAGACUCACAAAAUGAACACCAGAUUCCGGCCCGUAAAGGGAAGACAGGAGGAGUUGAAGGAAAUUAUUGAACGCUUCAAAAAACACGAUAAUCUGGAGAAAGCAUUCAGAGCCUUGAUAUCAGGAGACUGGUCCCGAAAUCUUUUUCUUCACAAGACGAAAUCUCAAGAAAAGCUAUUCAAACAACAUGUAUUUGUGUAUUUGCGGGUGUUUGCCACUGACAGCGGGUUUGAGAUUCUUCCAUGUAAUCGCUAUUCAUCGGAGCAAAAUGGAGCUAAAAUUGUGGCAACUAAAGAAUGGAAAAGAAACGAUAAGAUCGAGUACUUAGUGGGGUGUAUUGCCGAGCUUUCGGAGAGUGAAGAAAACAUGCUGCUGCGGCAUGGAGAGAAUGAUUUCAGUGUCAUGUAUUCUACUCGCAAGAACUGUGCACAGCUCUGGCUGGGACCAGCUGCUUUUAUCAAUCAUGAUUGUCGCCCAAACUGCAAGUUUGUGUCGACAGGGCGGGACACUGCCUGUGUGAAGGUGCUGAGGGAUAUUGAACCGGGCGAGGAAAUCUCUUGUUACUAUGGAGAUGGAUUUUUUGGGGAAAACAAUGAAUUUUGUGAAUGCUACACCUGUGAACGACGUGGCACUGGUGCUUUCAAAUCCAAAGCUGGACUGCCUGUCGAGGUUCCGGUGAUCAACAGCAAAUACGGAUUGAGGGAGACGGACAAACGUCUUAACCGUCUGAAGAAAUUAGGAGAAGGAAACCGGAGUUUGGACUCUCACUCUGUAGGCUCCCACACUGAUGUAGACUCUCAGGAAUCGCCAAAAACACAUCAAUCCGCCAGAAAAAGAUCAUCUGGCCUCAAGUAUAAAAACAGGACUCAAACAAGACAGACCCUGUCAAGAGCCCUGACUACCUCAUGUUCAAAACAAGGACGUGUAAACAACAAUAGGGUACCAAAGAGACUAAAAACCCAAUCAAAGCCUUCAUUAAGUAAAGUCCAGUUGAGGAGUCGCCGAAGGGUCAUAGAGCCCAAGGCGUUGGCCAAAGGUGAAACUUGCCAGCUGGGUCUCAGGGACUCGAAGGCGUCACUGUCUAAAGGUGUCUCCAUAAAGAAGGAGAAGGAUGCGCAGGAGCUGGUCCAAAAGACGCUUGGCCAGCGGGGAUGCUUGACACGCCAUGCUGCAAAGGAAAAUGUUAAUCUAACCAUUGGGCAACAUAGUAAGACUUGCCUGUCUCAAACAUACAGAACUCGCAGGUCCACGAGGACCCUUGUCAAAGCCCAAGAAACAACAGGCGGUGUCAAACUAGAUUCCAGUGCUAUGCACGACUUGAGCCCUGUCUCUGGCGCAGUGGUCAUUAAAUCAGAGCCAUUGGACAUGGAAGAGUACCUCCAUCAAGGGAUAGGUCUGCAGCAGCCAGAAUUGGAUCCUGGCUACGACCAACGCGGUUCAUGCGCGAGACUGAAGCGGCCGACACGGCUCGGUCCGGAACGAACAAUUAAGUGCGAGGACUCGUACGGUGAGCCCUUUAUGCCCAUGGCAUCUGGUCACACCGCCAACUACUCUGACUGUGGGAAGGUUCUGUUGAGCUUUUCUGAUCGGCACAGAGACUUGAACGGAGUUGCCAACGGCAGAAAAUCCCUCCACAGGGACAAAGCUAAAAGUAGCUGUCGCUCACAGGACAAGGGGAAAAGAAAGCGCCGGAUCACUCGUUAUGAUGCACAGUUGAUCCUGGAAAACACGACCGGUCUCCCUAAACUGACGCUUCGCCGACGGAGAGACAGUAGCAGCAGCAAGACCAAUGAUCCUAACGAUGUCAUCGGUUCUUCGGGACUUUCUGCUUCGUCAGUGACAUCCGCUGCUUCCAGCAAGAUUAGCAUCAAGUUCAGCAAGGACCAUGAUAAGGACAAAGGCAGCUCAUAUAUAGCCAAGCUUAGUAACGGUUUUGCCCCUGUGGUCCACAGUAACGCAACAAAGCUAAAGAUACAGCUGAAGAGAGAGGAUGAUGCACGGAGGAUAUCCCAGAUGAAGACGGACCAGGUGACCUUUAGUGGUGACAUGGGACAGAGUCUUGAGGCCAGAAGUGGUGGACAUCGGACCCAACAGAUUAUGGCUGAACCAUCAUCUGACGAAAACGAUGCGGACGGUGAUGACGACGAAGAUGAUGAUGAUGACUACUUUGACAAUGAGUUCGAAGAUGAUUUCAUUCCACUUCCCCCGGCAAAACGGCUGCGACUCAUUGUCGGUAAAGACUCAAUUGAUAUCGAUAUCUCCUCCAGGAGGAGAGAGGAUCAGUCCUUGAGGCUAAACGCAUAGCUUGUAGAGCUCGUCACUCUUGUCCCUGUAAAUAAAGAAAACAAGCUAAGCAACUGUUGUAUUGAUGUAAAAUAAGUACAGUAAUUUAAAAACAAAUAAAAAACUUAAAUCUGGGCCGGUAUUCAUAAAGAAGCAGAAGUGUUUUUAUAGAGCUCCUAAUUUUCCAGAAAAACAUGAAAAAUAUUUAUGAGGAGGUGUUUCUGAAGUUGUUUCAAACAUUAAUUGUUCGUGCCCUCACUCUCCCCAUUCAAAACACAAAGCAUUCAUAAAUACUAUAGACGAAUGUAUUAGACGACCUAUGACAACCGCCUGUCAAGGGAGUGCUUUAAUUUACGGAGACUAUUCCUACUCAAGUUGAGAAUAAUCAAUAAUUGGACGUGACUGUUAAAUGCAUGCAAGGGUGUAGGUUUCCAUAGGGACACAUAACACUACCAACUUUUCAGGAUGCUAAAAUUGUCCCCACCAACUUUUAAGCAACCUUAUUUGCAUUAUAUAAUGAAUUCACUUAUAUAGGGAAUUUAGAUUGUCUUCCCAUACGUUGUAAGGAUAGAAUUGACCCUACCAUUAUUGAGUGAAUUAUUUUCAUUAUGUCCAUGUUUGCUAAUGAAAAGUUUUUGAAAACAAAGGUUUGAAUCGAACAGUCUUAUCACCUGAACCAAUGCACGUAAAAGUUAUUAUCAGUCGAUACGGAUUUAUUUUGCAUUGAUCAUUUAGCCUUUCAAUUAAUUAGGUUCAUAUUCAUGACAAAUGUAACCCUUUGCCCCAUUCAUCCAAUCUGUUUGGUCUUAAUGUCCCGUCCCCAGCAAAAAGUGUACAUGCAGGUUAUGCUGUUAUAUCGUCCCUACCAAUGUUGAGACCAAACCUACACCCUUGAAUUCAUGUCACAGACUUGGAACAAAUUUCACCCAUCCAACAUAAGAUUCUCUAUGAAUACGGGCCCACAUCAUUACUAGAAGGAGCUGUUAACCUAAAACAAAUCUCUACUUAAUUUCUAUUGCAUACAUUAACUAGCUGAUAUUUUGUUUGUCUUGGCAUUUUUUGGUCCACCAGAGGUUUACACCAUUAUUGUAUAACAGUCCUUCCGUAUACAUUUAAGAAUCAAUUAUCAACGUUCACUUUUGGGAUUUUGAGAACAAUGACAACCUGAACAUAUUUUAUUGUGGUUGCAUUAAGUUGUUCAGCUGUUGUAAAGAAGUGGCCCUGCUGGUUGAGCCUCCCAAAACAUUUUCCCUAAUCUUAACUGGAAAUGUAAAACAAACUGGUUCCAUGCAGAAUUGCAUUCAAGAUGGCAUGUGUAUUCCUCCAGUACCUGUUGUUACCAUUUAAAAUAUAUAUAUACAGUUUAAAAGUUUGGGGUCACCCAGACAAUUUUGUUUUCCUUCAAAAGUCACAUUUUUAAUUUUUCAAAUGAGUUGCAAAAUAACUAGAAAAUAUAGUCAAGACAUUGACAAGGUUAGAAAUAAGGAUUUUUAUUUGAAAUAAUUUUCUCCUUCAAACUUUUAUCAAAGAAUGCUCCCUUUGCAACGAUUAAAGCUUUUCAGACCAAUGACAUACUAACUGUCAAUUUGAGGUGGUAAUCUGGAGAAACUUCACGCUUCCAGAAGCACCUCCCUCAAGUUGGAUUGGCUUGAUGGGCACUUCUUGCGUCCCGUAUGAUCAAGCUGCUCCCACAACAGCUCAAUGGGUUUGACAUCUGUUGACUGUGUUGGCCCCUCCAUUACAGAUAGAAUACCAGCUGCCUGCUUCUUUCCUAAAAAGUCCUUGCAUAAUUUGGAGGUGUGCUUUGGGUCAUUUUCAUGUUGUAGGAUAAAAUUGACUCCAAUCGAGCGUUGUACACACGGCAUGGCAUGUUGUUGCAAAAUGGAGUGAUGGCCUUCCUCAUUUAAAAUCCCAUUGACCUUGUACAAACCUCCCACUUUACCAGCACCAAAGCAACCCCAGACCAUCACAUUACCUUCACCAUGGUCGAAAUGUGACAUUGGUCACUCCUUCAGCAUCUUUUCAGUUGUUCUGCAUCUCACAAAUGUUCUUCUUUGUUCCAAAGUCCAAACACCUCAAACUAUGAUUGGACUUUUUCCGCCCAACUUCCUCUGUCCAAUGUCUGUGUUCUUUUGUCCAUGUUAAUUGUUUCCUUUUAUUAGCCUGUCUCAGAUAUGGCUUUUUUUUUUUUUUUUUGCCACGCUGCCCUGCACCCUGGAGUUCUCUUCACUGUCGACAUUGACACUGGCGUUUUACAAGUACUUUUUAAUGAAGCUGCUAGAUGAGGACCUGCGAGGCAUCUAUUUCUCAAACUAGAGAAUCUUAUGUACUUGUCUUCUUGCUGUGUUGUGCAGCGGGGCCUCCCGCUUCUCUUUCUACUCUGGUUAGAUCUUGUUUGUGCUGCUCUCUGAAGGGAGUGAUGCACAGCGUUAUAGGAAAUCUUCAAUUUUUUGGCAAUUUCUCAUAUGGAAUAGCCUUCCUUUUUAAGAACAGAUUGUCAAGUUUCACUUGAAAGUUGUCUUUUUCUGGCCAUUUUGAGAGUUUAAUCAAACCCACAAAGGUGCAGCUCCAGAUACCCAAAGCUCAAGGGAAGAUCAGUUUUAUAGCUUCUCUAACCACCUAAACUGUUUUGAGCUGUGCCAAGAUAAUUGCACAAGGUUUUCUAAUCUAUUAUCCUUCUAAGGCAACUAGCAAGCACAGUGUACCAUUAGAACAUUGGAGUGAUGUUUGCUGUAAAUGUGCCUCUUUACAAAACUACAUAGAUAUUGCAUUAAAACCGGACGUUUUCAGCUAGAAUAGUCAUUUACCACAUUAAUAAUGUAUCGCGUGUUUUUCUGAUUAGUUUAAUGUUAUUUCCAUUGAAUAAAACUGUACUUCUCUUUCAAAAAGGAGGACAUUUCUAAGUGACCCCAAACUUUUGAACGGUAGUGUAAAUUCAGGCAUAAUGGAGUUGAAAAGACUAAACAAUAAACGACUAUAAAAUAGGAAAUUAAAAUGAAAUUCGUCGUCAUGGCCACCCUUUCAUUCCUUCAUCACCAUUUUUUUCCGAAACCGCUUAUUGGGUACCAAUGUCGCUAGUUUGAUACCCCCUCCUGAAACGAUAAAUUUGCUCAAAUUACUUUUUAUUACUAAUAAUUCAGCGAGGAAAAUUAUGUUGAGAAAGUUGAUCGAUGUGAAGACUCGUUUAAUGGACGUAACCACAGAGAGUUACAUUUUACUUCUACAACAUUCCAAGCAACUUUCAAGGCACCUGUAACUGGUGAGCUUUUCUUCAGACUGGCCGGCAGUGGAAACCUGCUGCCAGCCGCCAUCAAGUUGGUAACCACUGAGGUAGAAUAAAGUAAAAUGUGUGCUUAUUCUUAUUAACAUCCUAAGCACAAUUACAAUGACUUUGAAAUGAAUGUCACACAUUCCAGUCAACGUUGGAUAUUUCUUGCAGUAGCGCUGUUAAUGAAAUGUCUUUGGGAGGCACUCCAUGUGGCAAGAAAAAUAAUUUCACCUUUUGUUCACCCUCAAAAUGUUCUUUGAGUUCAAGCAGUACAGUGUUGCACUGGCCGCUUUACUGAAGAUGUCACACUUAGUUGCGUCAAAGGUAAAAGUUGCUUUCACCCUGUGUAAUUUAGAAUACAGUACCACUGUCUUGUUCUAGAAUAGUCUCCGGAACGUAAUUGCAAUUAGAGAGAUUGUUUUAUGUUGAACUCUUCCUUUCAGUGAAUGCACUUGCUAUAUUCAUAAUGGACAUUGACAUUGUAGAAAGUGUACAGUACAGUGACUAUCCACUCUGUCUUAUAGGCAGGUUUUUAUUGAGCUUUUGUUUUUUCCUCAUUGUGUUUUUUUUUUUUUUUUUUUUUUUUUUUGUAUGUGAGAAGCCAUGCUGAUUUUUCAGUGUGGUGGAGUUUCUCAAAAAGCAUUAUAAUAUUAGUCAUUUCAGUUGGAUUAAUGUGCCAUGUUUUAAUUACUGCAGUCCUUUAACCCUGGAACUUUCUUUUAUUACAGUUUUAUGUUUUUUUUGUUUGUUUUUUUAAGUUAAUGUGAAGAGUUCAAAGAAAUAAAAGCACACGGUUUUAUUAAACACGACUGUAUUUAAAUGUACCGAUGUUUCUUUCGUUUUGGAGCCUCUCUGUAAUAAAAACAUGGCAUACUGAAUAAGUCACAUUCAUGCUUCAAAGUUAACAAUAAUUUAAAACCUCUCAUUAGAAAAGUAAUGUACAGAAAGACUGGCUUAUGUUGUUAAUAUUUUUUUUGUCAAAGAGCACAUUUUUUCCCCCCAGUGAUUUUUCCCAGCAAUAAAUGUGAUGUCCUCAAUACAGUUUGAUGGCAAAUGUUUAUAAUCUCAAUCAUUCUUUGCUCAAAAUUGUUCAAUUUCUGUAGUGCUGCUAUUCCAUUGUUUAACAAUUGUCUGAUGGUGUUUUGUACACGAGAGUUCAGAGCUCAAUUCGGUCUGUACAUUACUCGACUCAUACAUUUGCUUUUUCAUACAAUGUUUAAAAGUAUAUCCAGUCAGUGCCUUAAGAGUCUUGACCAAAUUAAUAGAGUAAUAGUUUUUUUCUUAGGUGCCCAGCUUCCUUUGAAACGCAUAGUUACAUUUACCGCUGUCAGUCUCUCUGUCUAUUAUUUUUCCUCCUCUCUGGAAGUUCAACAACCUAGUUGAUUGAGGGAUCAACAAGAAAUGGAUGUUUACCUACUUUUCAUGCUAUAUUGUACUGUUCAUAUCACCAGCAGCUAAUCAUACUUCUAAAACAGGCUCUAUCUGUCCUCCUUUUUCAGGUUGUCUGCAUUCUACUACACUGUAAAACUGUUCCAGAUGUACCGUUAGUGUGCUUUUUGUCCAGUAGACCGCUGUCAACUUUUCCUAUUGAUUGAAAAAGGGAAAAAAAAAAUGUAAAUAGUUUGCGGACAUUUAAUGUGUUGCGUGGCAAAUCUGUACAAAGAAUUAAAACUGGGCAGUGCAUAUAUUGUCCAAUAUGUAAAUCACGUCAAUACACCUUGUACUUAUUUAAUCGCUUUCAAUACAGGAAAUUUAUAAAGUUUCCUUGUGAGCAGUUUCAUGAGCCUCUCGAGCUGAGAAAUGCUGAAAAGUUGCAGUUUAAAUUGAGGAUAGUUUUAUUUCCCGGCCCCCAAAAUUAAGACAAUUCACUCAUAGUCACACUAUGCCUUUCCUGAAAACGGUUAUGCAACCCUGGUCCUCGACAGCAGCUAUCCAGCUUGUUUUCCAUGUCUCCC